GCAUGCGCAUUGGGGCGGAGGGCGAGCGUUGGCAGGUGUUUCGGGUGGGCGUUGGCGGGUGAUGGGGCUGCCGGCGCUGCUGCUGCUCGCUCUGUGCGCGGCGGGCGCCCGGGGGCUCUACUUUCACAUCGGCGAGACCGAAAAGCGUUGCUUCAUCGAGGAAAUCCCGGACGAGACAAUGGUCAUCGGGAACUACCGCACCCAGAUGUGGGAUAAGCAGAAGGAGGUCUUCCUGCCCUCGACCCCCGGCCUGGGCAUGCACGUGGAGGUGAAGGACCCUGAAGGCAAGGUGGUGCUGUCCCGGCAGUACGGCUCAGAGGGCCGCUUCACCUUCACUUCUCACACUCCUGGUGACCAUCAGAUCUGCCUGCACUCCAACUCUACCAAGAUGGCUCUCUUUGCUGGCGGCAGACUGCGUGUGCACCUAAACAUCCAGGUUGGGGGGCAUGCCAACAACUACCCUGAGAUCGCUGCCAAGGAUAAACUGACAGAGCUGCAGCUCCGAGCCCGCCAGUUGCUUGAUCAGGUGGAACAGAUCCAGAAGGAGCAGGAUUACCAGAGGUAUCGUGAAGAGCGUUUCCGUCUGACCAGUGAGAGCACCAACCAGAGAGUCCUGUGGUGGUCCAUCGCUCAGACCAUCAUCCUCAUCCUCACUGGCAUCUGGCAGAUGCGUCACCUCAAGAGCUUCUUUGAGGCCAAGAAUCCAAGUGUUCCUGCCUUUGUGUGACUAGCUGAAAACACCAGUGCAGUCCCUUCUGCAUUCUGUUCAUCCGUGCAGUUCUGGUAACUGUCAUGGCAGCUCUCAGGGCCAGAAAGCAGACGUGACAGCUGCUCUCAAGGCCUAAUCAGAGCGCCAGGCAGAGCCUUCUCUGGGACACCCGUGAUUUCCAUCACACAGGGCCUCAAGAGGAAGAGGUGGUGAGGGAGCUAGCACAAGGCAGGGCACUCUUACCCUCCCCCUUCCCUUAACUUUUAUUUAAGCUGUGGUAAAUGUUUUCUUCACGGGAACCAGAUUUGGUUCUUUAUACGGGGUUUUUCCAGUGAAAUAAAAUGUGUUGUAGUA